AUGCGACUCUACCAGAGGAAAAAGCAGGCUUUCUUGAACGAAGUCAAGGGUCAUUAUCAUUUCUUUACCGAAUACCACAAAAAGAUUCGAGAGAAGGAAAAGGAAUUGGCGAAAUUGGCCAAGAAGCAGGUUGAAGACAAAGUUGAAAGAGAGAGGAGGAGGAAGGAAAAAGCAGAAAAGGAUAGGAUAAGGGCGCUGAAGGAGCACGAUACUGAAGCAUACUUGAACUUGCUGAAAGAGCACAAAAAUGAAAAGAUUUUGAAUGUUCUAUCGGAAACCGACAAAUACCUUCGUACUCUUGGUCUUGCGGUCAGAGUUCAGAAGAAAAACACUGAAAAAAGACUGAAAAACAGCAAGUCGAUGGAUGUUAGUGAUGGUGAAGACGAUGACAACGAGUUCGAAAGAACCGAUAUCAAGAACACCAACGAGGUGGAUGUGAAGGCACUCAUGAAGAACAAGAACACUUAUUAUCACCUGGCUCACACUGAGAAAGAGGAAGUCAACUCGCAGCCGGACAUGCUCGUUGGCGGCUCUUUGCGACAGUAUCAGAUGCAGGGCCUGCAAUGGCUUGUUUCCUUGUACAAUAACAAGAUUUCUGGGGUACUGGCAGAUGAGAUGGGUUUAGGGAAGACCAUCCAGAUAGUUUCUUUGAUAGCAUACCUUAUGGAGGUGAAGGGUGUGAAUGGGCCUUUCCUGAUCGUCUCGCCGUUAUCUGUGAUUGAUAACUGGGUGAGGGAAUUCGACGCCUGGUCGCCGACCGUGAAGAAGAUCAUCUACUACGGCAGCAAGCCGUCAAGGAAAAAGAUGCAGCAAGAAUGUCACAAAGGGACUUUCAACGUGAUGUUGACGAGCUACGAGUUCGUGGUGAAAGACGCCUCCUUCAUGAGCAAGAUCAACUGGGUGUACAUUAUUGUGGAUGAAGGUCAUCGCAUGAAGAAUGGGAAAUCAAGGCUCACCACGACCUUAAGCACCAAGUUUCCUUCCAAGUAUCGCAUUUUGAUCACAGGAACGCCGCUGCAGAACAACCUGAAUGAGCUGUGGUCGUUGCUCAACUUCCUUCUCCCUGAUAUCUUCCGGCACGACUCUAACUUCGAAGAAUGGUUCAACUCUGGAGACAUCAUGGGGGCCACGGGGGACACGAAUGAAAUGGAUGAAGAGGAGCGUCUCCUGUUGAUAGAUCGAUUGCACCAGGUCCUCCGUCCUUUCCUCCUCCGAAGGUUGAAAAGUGAAGUUGAAGGAGAGCUGAAGCCAAAGGUGGAGAAGGUGAUCAAGUGCAAUAUGUCUGCGUGCCAGUGGCGCCUGUACAGUGGGAUAAGAGAAAACGGCAUCGUUGCGCUUCAGCCCUCAGACGGGACCCAGCCGACAAAGAAGAAGACGGCAACCAAUAUCAUGAUGGAGCUUCGAAAAGCUUGCAAUCAUCCUUAUCUCUUCUGUGAGAUUUCUUCUCCCCUGACCUUUCUUUCUCGUUCCACAGAGUUGGUUCGUUCGUCCGGAAAAUUCGAGCUCCUUUACCGCAUGCUUCCGAAGUUGAGGAGCACGGGGCAUCGAGUCCUCGUCUUCUGCCAGAUGACCAGGCUAAUGGACAUCCUGGGAGACUUUCUCAAGGCGUGCGGCCACAGGUACCUCCGCUUGGAUGGGAGCACAGACUCGCAACGAAGAGGAGAGCUGAUUGAGAUCUUUAACUCUCCUGAGUCCCCCUACGCGAUCUUCAUCCUCAGUACCAGGGCCGGAGGCCUAGGUCUCAAUCUGCCAGCUGCCGAUACCGUGAUCAUCUUCGAUAGCGACUGGAACCCGCAGAUGGACAUGCAGGCACAAGAUCGUGCGCACCGCAUCGGGCAGACGAGAGAGGUUCGCGUGCUCCGGUUGACCUGCGCCAACACAUUGGAGGAAGACAUUCUUGAGAAGGCUACUUACAAGAAGGAGCUAGGAGGAGCAGCAAUAGACGGAGGAAUGUUCAACGAAAAGGCUACUGUAGAGGAUCGUCACGAAUUUCUCCGGAAGAUCUUCAGUAGGGCAACGAACACAACUAAGGCCGACGUACUGUCCAAGGAGGCGAUGAAUCAAGAGCUUGCAAGGGAUGAGAUGGAGUUCAGGAUGUUCCAGGAGCAUGACCAUGAGCUACAGAGUCGCUCGAGUCAGCCGGACCUGAUGACGGAAGAUGAAGUGCCGUCGUGGCUCAAAUAUGAAGAGGACGAUAAGACUUCUGCGAGCAGGAAGAAGGAGCUGGAGAGGGCCGAGAAAGCUUCACGCAAGAGCAGGAUGCGGAAGACUGCGAGCUACAAGGAGGAGGACAUCUCUCACAGCAGCGACGUGGACUCUUCGGACGAGGACACCAUCGCCGUUGUAAAGGAACGAGGACGAGGACGUUCCAAGAGAAAGAAUCAAGAGCUGGACAGCGACAACUCUGAUGAUGAAUCCAACCUCGGGGAAGAAGAGAAG